AUGAAUUCCUUUCUGCUCAACAGAGCCCUUGGCUCUGUUAGACCAGCUGAUUUCCAUGUCGCCCAAACAACUCGCCUAGUCCACAACUUGGAGCCUGCGCCAGGGAUCCGCUUCUCUAGCCGCAGACCCGCUCCAUCCAACCCACAGGAUGAAGCGACAGCGGACGAAGGAUUGGGGGUCGUCGAAGAAGUUUUUGCCCACAAAGCUGGUGUAAAAUGCCUCGCUAUAGACGAAUUCGAGGGCCGAUACAGAGGCUCAGAGCUUGACCAUAUACAUCGUGCCUGCGCAUCGGUCAGCAAAUCGGCGCAUCCAGACGCCCAUACCCACGCUAUUACCUCCCUCUCUAUAUACCCCUUCGACCCCGUUCCCUCGACCAUAUUCUCGACUUCGCAUGAUGGCACUCUAAAGCUUUCUGCUCUCCAGCCGCCGGCUAUUACACCGGUCCAUACAUUCAAGCUUGAGUGCACCCCGUAUUCGCACUCUUUUUCCUCCCAACCCGGCUCAACCCUGCUAGUGGCAGUCGGUACAUCGGACCGGGCAGUCCGACUCGUGGACCUACGUUCAGGGCUAUCAACCCACGGACUACCAGGUCACACCGGCGCCGUCUUGUCAGUCGCCUGGGCUCCGCAUAAGCCUCACCUCCUCGCAUCUGCGUCAACAGACAACAAAGUAAUUAUUUUCGACUCCGACACAUCCUCCAUCAGACCAGCCUAUUCUCGACAUGCACGAGCACACAACGGCGCCGUCACCGGCGUCCGCUGGACCUCGAACGGCAGCCACAUAGUGACAGCCGGCCAGGACGCCCGGAUCAGAGUGUGGGACGCCGCGACCGGCGCAAAUACACUGGUGCAUUUCGGCCCACGGGUCAGAAACAGCGCGUCCUCCGCUCUGGCGGAGCGCGCUCCCCUGGUUAUCCCCAAGGGCUUCAUGAUGCCCGGCCAGGAGACCAUUUUGUGGCCCAAUUUUCACGAGCAGGACGACCGUGGCGAGAUCUUCAUGUUCGAGCUCCGCGAGGGGACGUUCAUCAAGCGGCUCCGUGUGCCGGGGCUGAUGAGUAGUUCGCAGAAUGUGCGUGGCAGAGCGAGUGCGCUCAGCGCAGCCCGAAUCAAUGAUCUCGUCUGGCGUGGUAACGGAGGCGCGGGCGAAGGGCUGGAGCUCUUCUCUGCGCACGGCGACGGGACAAUUCGGUCCUGGGUCUCGAGGGAGCCAGAUGGAGAGCCGACCGAGGAAGAGGAGGCACAGGAGGCCGACCGGAAGAGAAAGCGAAAUGUUCUCGAUGAUAUCUACAAGGGAUUUUUCGGCAACGAGGCGCCUUGA